UCUUCGGCAGACACCCGGGAAAGCGGGGUCCUUCUCUGGGGCGGUCGCGCGGGCAGUGGCUCCCUGAAGUCGACACCGGGCAACAUGUAUUAUAAGUUUAGUAGCUUCACGCAGAAACUGACGGGAGCGUGGGCUUCCGACGCUUAUAACCCUCAGGGAUUAAGGCCUGUGGUUUCCACAGAAGCACCGCCUAUCAUAUUUGCCACACCAACUAAACUGAGUUCCAAUUCUACUGCAUAUGAUUAUGCUGGGAAAAAUAAAGUUCCAGAGCUGCAGAAGUUUUUCCAGAAAUCCGACGGUGUGCCCAUCCACCUGAAACGAGGCUUGCCUGACCAAAUGCUUUACCGGACAACCAUGGCGCUGACUGUGGGAGGGACCAUCUACUGCCUGAUCGCCCUCUACAUGGCAUCACAGCCCAGAAACAAAUGAGUUAGGCUGCAGAGGACUGGUUUGCUUUUUAGCAUAAAUCCUUUGAAUUUCCAUUUUUCAUUAUUUCUGUAAAAAAAAUUUUUUUUUUUAACUUGAAUGGCCUAUUUAACAUUCUUCAAGAAAAACAAAUUAAGACAAUAUUUUGGUUUGUUAUGAAAUGCACAUGGCCUGGCAGAGCUCAUUCGACAGUUAAAACUAUUGUUUAAAGAAAUGCUGCUGCUCUCUGCAUUUGGGCUUCUGAUUUCCCUGGAGGUUCUGAAUGAAGGUUACACACAGUCUCAUUAUGGCAGUCUGUGCUGAGGUCCUUGGGGACUUUUGGUGGAGUUUUGAGCUUGGGAUGGAGAAGCCUUUUUGGAUUUGGAUGUGACUGAGGAAGGAAAACAAGCUAAGGCCAGGCACAUGAGAUGAGAGAUUUUGAGUUAGUCGUCACCUUGGGGAUUUUUCCAUCCUGCAGUAAAAUGUUAAUAGAGAUUAUUUGCAGUCUGCCUCUGUUCAUUGGGCAGUUUGUUUCAAAGGGUUAUUUGCGUCAUCUCAGAUCUUUAGUGAAAUUUUACGUGUAAUUGCUAUGUAUUUAUUCCACCAUGGGAACAGAGAACACCUGUUUAGUGUUGCACUUUAGACCAAUGUCUGUUUUAUUAAUACAGCUGUGACACAAAUUCUCCUUUACCUUUUAAAAAUGUUAUGGCUUUACAUUACGAUUUAUUUUAAUUGUGGAAUAAAUACAUGAAUGAAAAAAGCUCAAGUUUGAAGUCCUUUUAAAUAAGCUUUCAAAAUAAUUUCAGAA